AAUUGGCGCCAUCGCCUACAGGGUGUCAUACAACUGGAACAAUCACUCAGAUCCUCCGACAAUUUAGCACGUGUCCAACCCUGUUUGGAUUCUCUGCUGCGCACCCUACUCUCCUCGGAGUGCAAAGCCGAAGUGGCCGAGGAAAAACGAAAACUAUUAAUUAAUUUGAUAACACGCCUGCCACUGGACAAUUUGGAAGACCGCACAAUGCAAAUUAUGAGUGGCCUGUGUCGGCAGGGUGGUGCCGGGGCCAAUCGGGUGUGCAAAGCCCUAAUGCAACGCCUGCCACCGUCGGCCAUUAUUUUGAAAUUGAUAUCGCAGGACUUUCUGCAUGCCAAAAGCUCAAGGUUCCGUGAACAUGCCUUACAAAUGGUGAUCUACGCACUCAUGACCUUUCCCAGUACCUGUUUCGAUACGCCGACUUGCAUUACUAAUGCCACAUAUGCCGCACUGAAUCGUAAGCGUCGGGUACGCCAAGCAGCACUUGAUGUCCUGGCAGUGUUGGGUCAGAUUUCCUCCAGCCGCGAAGUGCUUGAUGUGGUGCAACAAAUUGCCAGUUCACGUGAUGAUGGUGCAGCAUUGGUAGCAGCAGUUAAGACCCGUUUGUCACGCAAACAGCUACCAUUGGUGAGCACUGAUGGUGCGGUACAAUAUUCAUUGCAUGUGCCACCCUCACAAUUGGCCGUAGCUACUGCGUCAAAUAUCACUGAUAGUGUGGCAAAUGAGAGCAGCUCCGCAUUAGAAGACUACAAAACCUCGAAAUCAAAUGACAAUGUAAACGCCACCUCCCACACAGAGGGCAAUGGCCAACAGGGUCCCGACAUAGACUGGAUAACGGCGGGUAUUGGUUCGGUGUCACCCUCCUCUCUUAAGAGAAGAGCUCAGCGGACACGUGUUAGUACACAGCAAAGUUUUCGUUGCCUGAAAACCGGUUCGAAUAGUGAUGACCCGCUCUAUCGACAAUCAUUUCGCAAGCCCACGGAAAUCUCCAUACAUUCGAAGAUAUUUGAAAAUGUACGUAGGUAUAUGGGUUGUGGUGAUAGUAACGUUGUUUUCACCAAGGGAAUAUAA